UAACCUCAAAUGUUUUGACAGCCGUUAUUUUUGUUCUUCCAAGCACGUUUUCACAGCAAAGAUUUUAGUGAUAUUGCCAGUUUUUCAGAGCUCAAACUCUCGAUCAUCAAUUUUAAGUUUAUUAGUGACUCAUCAGUAUGUCUGGUCGCGAAGGAGGAAAGAAAAAACCGUUGAAGGCACCGAAAAAAGGUCCCAAAGAGAUGGACGACGACGAGAUCGCGCUGAAACAAAAGCAGAAAGAGACCCAAAAGGCUCUGCAAGAAGCCAAAGCCAAGGCAGCACAGAAAGGACCCCUCGUAGGUGGCGGUAUAAAGAAAUCCGGAAAGAAGUAAUCUCAGGUUGUACAUAGAACAUUCUCCUCGAAGACUGCAUCAUGCCUGCGGUGCAUCGGAAGACGAUGAAACAUGUGGACGAACUCUCUUACGUGGUGCAGGAAAAUCUACCUAAUUUGCGCUAAUCGCCCUUGGAGACCUACAAAUGUAAAUGCCUCAAUCAGGUUGGUCAUAACUUAAUUGUAUUUCUUUGAUGUAAUUGUUGAUGUUACAUCCUGAAUCCACUAUACUUUUUCACAUCAUGUACCUUCGCCCAGUGUAAUUUUGUAACGUAUAAAAUAAAUGUUUAAUAAUUGUA